AUGUCAGAUCCACGUUCAUUGAUAGCAGAAGCAGAGAAGUUGGCUAAGCCAAAAACAGGAUUUAUGCUGUUUUUGUCUGGGUCCUCUAAUUCAUUCAGAUUAGAGGAGGCAACUGAUCUUUACAUUCAAGCGGCGAAUCAAUAUAGAUUAAAUAAAGACUUCAACCAGGCUGGAAAUCAAUUUGUUAAGGCAGCUGAUAUUCAAAAAGAAUUGUCUAAUCAUAACGAUGUUGCUAAUCAUUUAAUUGAAGCUUAUAAGUGUUAUAAAGGAGUGUCUCCUACCGAUGCUAUUGAUGCGUUAUCAAAGGCUAUCCACAUCUUUUUGACUCAAAAUGGACAAUUCAGAAGAGCAGCCAAUUUCACCAUGGACUUGGCUGAAUUAUACGAAUCAAAUAGUGACACAGACAAUGCCAUUAAAAGUUAUGAGCAAGCUGGAGACUAUUUCACCACAGACCAUGCGGAGGCCUUAUCUAACAAAGCAUACUUGAAAUGUGCAGACUUAAGUGCUUUGUCUGGUAAAUACCAAAAGGCGACCGAAUUAUAUGAUAUAAUUAUUAAGAACCUGUUGGGAAAUAAUCUUACUAAGUGGAACUUGAAAGAUUACUUUUUGAAGAGCAUAUUGUGUGUGUUAUGCUUGGAUGACGUUAUUGAAGCCCAGAAGAAGUCUGCUAGUUAUCUUUCUGAGGAGCCAUCUUGGGAAGCUACAAGAGAAUAUAGACUUAUCCAAGAUAUAUUUGAGUCAAUUGAACAAGGAGACGUACAAGCCUUCUCGGACAAGGUAUUUGAAUUUGACCAAUUUAGUAAGUUAGACAAAUUGAAGACUCAAUUAUUAUUAAAGGUAAAGAAUUCUGUAGUGGAGAAAGAAGAUGAUGAUUUGUUAUAA